AUGCUGUCUAUGACCAUGUUCAUCCUCGCCUCGGCUGCCACUCUAGUCAACAGUCAAUUCGACCCGACAUCAGUUCCCUAUGCUACAAGAGAGGCCUGGUGUAACUCCCAAACAUCCGCAUGUCCCCUCCUCUGCCUCCAACUACCAGGAGCCUCGGGCUCACCAAUAUCAAACACCUGCUCACCCGCCACGCUACUCUACUACUGCCUAUGCAGCAACAACGUCACCCCCAAUGCCACCGAAUAUUCCCAGACAAUCCCCUACUUCACCUGCACGGAAACCAACAACCAAUGCGUCCUCAAAUGCAACGGUGACUCUACCUGCCAGAAUAACUGCAGAGUACAGAACCCCUGUGGAGCUCAGGAUCCCAAGCGUGUUAAUGUAACUACUACUACCGCCAAAGCUGCUACUACUACUGCAACAGCGACCCCAGUCAAUACACUUGUCAAUGGAGCUACUGGUGCUGCUCCGCACAUGGCCUCUGUUGAUAUGAGUCAUGUAUAUGGGCUUUGUGUUUUGGUUGGUGGGUUUGUUGCCGGCUUUGCUACUCUUUUGUAG